AUGUCGGAAAACGCGGCGUUCGCGGUGGCGGGGACGUGCGCGAUUGUCUUCAUCGGCGCGUCGUGCUACUUUGAGGAAUACGUGUACAAGUCGCUGCCGAAUUUUGACUAUUACUGGACGGUGGCGCUGGCGGAGUUGAUGGUGUUCGCGCUGAUAUCGUCCGCGAGUUCGAUCGCGGACGGGACGCUGUUUGCGAAGCGGAAGGCGCCUUUAGAGCUGUACGCGCUGCAGGCGUUGCUGUUGGCGGCGUACAGCGCGGUGGGGAAGCUGUGUUAUAAAUGGAUUAAUUACGCCACGGGGACGGUGUUGCGAUCGUCUAAAUUAGUGUUUACGAUGGCGAUCAGCGCGGUUUGGUUGCGGCGGACGUACAAGCCGCAUCAGGUGGUGGCGGCGUCGCUGCUCGUCGUCGCCGUGGCGUUCUUCGGAAUCGCCGAGCGCGAGUUGGGAUCGAACGAGGCGACGAUGCCCACGCCGGCGACGGCGACGACGAACGACGGGGAAGCGGUUUUGGGGUUGUCGGAAGACGUGAAGUUGGCUCUGGGAUUCGGGUUGUCCGUGGUGGCGAUCUUUUUGGGAUCGCUGCAGACGAACGUGUCCGAGCACGCGAUGCGGAACUACGGAGCGGGCGUGCGAGAAAAUAUCCUGUACACGAACGCCAUCGGUACCGUGUUCGCGUUCUUAUUUGUCGUCAUAUUCGAAGGCUCGGGGUCGAUCACGUACCUUCGCACGGUCAAGGGCGCGUUCGUCCUGCUCUUCGCUCGCUCGGUGACGUUUUAUUUCGGCGCCUACUUCUUCUCGACGCUCACCAGGCACUUCGGCGCCACCUCCGCCACCGCCGUCACCACCGUCCGCAAAGCCCUGACGGUGAUCUCAUCCUUCAUCCUAUUCCCCAAAGACAAGCCUUUCGCUGGAUUUUUCGUCUACGGUUUGUUCUUCUUCCUCCUCAGCGUCUUGGCCGAGAGUUCGCUCCACAUCCGAGCGUUUUUCCAUCGCGUGCGCGCGGGAAGACGCGGCGAGUACUCGCUCUGA